CUACUCAACACAGUGGAGUACCACGCACUAACGUGCGCCGAUAGUUCCGCAUCCUUAACGUGCGCCGAAGCCCCAAUUUUUUAUCUUGCUUCAACCCUUACCCUAUGUUCCACCGUUUCGCUUCUUCACUCUCUCAUCGCUCGCAACCAAAUUUCACAAACCAAGGGUUUUCAUCUCUCACUUCUCACUCACUCUCUCAUGGCUCAACGCGCCACCUCUGAUUCUCGCACUCCAUUGAAGAUCUCCAAAGAUGUUCAGGGCUCUGACAAUCCAAUUCCACUUUCACCGCAAUGGCUUCUGCCAAAGCCAGGGGAAAGUAAAUCUGGAAGAGGAACUGUGGAAAACCAUGUGGCUUUAAGUCCUCCAUUUGGUCUUCGCAUGGAGACCACUAAGACAUCUGGAAAUGGAGAGGAUGUGCAUGAUGCUCAUAAGCGAAAAGAUGUCUUUAGGCCGUCCAUGCUUGACUCAGAAAGUGGACGCCGUGAUCGUUGGCGUGAUGAAGAGCGGGACACUAAGUCCUCCAUACGGAAGGAUCGGUGGAGGGAUGGAGAGAAAGAUCUUGGUGAUUCUCGGAGAGUGGAGCGUUGGACAGAAAAUUUGCCUUCAAAGAACUUUGGAGAAGUUCGUCGUGGUGCUGCUGAUAGACGGAAUGAUUCGGGAAACAGAGACACUAACUUUGACCAGCGGCGUGAGAGUAAGUGGAACACACGCUGGGGUCCCGAUAAUAAGGAACCAGAAGAUCUUCGUGAAAAAUGGAGCGACUCUGGAAAAGAAGUUGAUAUACAUCUGGACAAAGGCUUGUCUCACACUUCCAAUCAUGGAAAGGAUGAAAAGGAGGGAGAUCAUUAUCGGCCAUGGAGACCUAGCUUCUCACAGGGCCGUGGUAGGUCAGAGCCUCCCCAUCAACAUAACAGUACCCCAAACAAGCAAGAAGGCUCCACAUAUUCCUCUGGGCGUGGGCGUGGGGAGAAUAUGACCCCAGUUUCUACUCAUGGUCAUGACUGGGGUGGCUCUAACAGUAGCUUCACGAAUAACUCUUAUCCUGUAUCUUUACCAGAAAAAGUUGAAACUGGGCUCGGAGAACCUUCUCCCUUCAGAUAUAAUAGGACAAAGUUGCUUGAUAUUUACAGAGUGACUAAAAUGGAUAGAAAUAGAAAACUAGCUGAUGAUUUUGUGCAGGUACCUAAUCUUACACAGGAAGAACCAUUGGAACCUCUAGCAAUUCUGGCACCAAAUUCUGAAGAACUGUCUAUUUUAAAGGGUAUUGACAAAGGGGAGAUUAUUACUAGUGGAGCACCUCAGGUGCCUAAAGAUGGAAGAAGCUCAACAGAUUUUUCGCAUACUAGGCGAUCGAAACCUGGAGGUUCACCUUUCUAUGAAAGAGUUGAAGAUGGAGACAUUAACAGAGUAACUGAUGAGGUCCCCAAUAACAAAGACUUGUCAGUUGAAGGAAAUAUCUCUGCUCAUCAUGGUGUUGCAAGGCGAACUAUGCCAGGGGGUGAACAUGGAACUACCACCCUCUUGCAUGAUAAUAGUGAUGCAACUAAUGGUGUAAGGUCAAGAAUUUUGGAUUAUUCAUCUGAUCCAAGAGAUGUCGGGAAGUGGCAAUCCAGUGAAGAUUCCAUUCUUAAGAGGCAGCUAUCUGGAAUUCUGGAUAGUGAACUUGGAAGCAGGAGAGUAGUGCAGACCCCACCGGAGGAGUUAUCCCUUUUAUAUAAGGAUCCUAAGGGUCAAAUUCAGGGUCCUUUCAAAGGAAUUGAUAUUAUUGGAUGGUUUGAGUCUGGAUAUUUUGGUAUUGACUUACCUGUUCGUCUUGAUAAUUCAGCAGCUGAUUCACCAUGGUUACCUCUUGGUGAUGUCAUGCCUCAUUUACGAGCUAAAGCCCGACCACCACCGGGUUUUUCUGCUCCAAAACCGAAUGACUUUACUGACAUACCUGGCCGCCAAAACUCUGCUCCCUUUGGGAAUACCCUUGCUGGUUUGAGUGAGUUUGAGACAUUGAGAAGUGAUCCUAGGCUUAGGCAAACUUCUGCUACAGAAGCUGAAAAUAGAUUUCUGGAGUCGACUUUAUCAGAUAUGUUUGGAAAUCAUUAA